AUGGACCGAGUCAAGCCAAGUCAAAAACCGAGCCUCACCUGGGGCCAAGCCGAGCCAAGCCAAGCGCCAAGCGGUUAUGAGGCUAUGACCUGUGUUCUAGAGUUGGCUAGCAGGUGGAAUAGCAACGAGCGCACGGACAUCCCGACGAAUGACUUGCCCAUGUACGCCGGCUGGCCCACUGCAGGGCCGUCGGAUGACAAGCUCUUGCUCAAGAUGCGGACAGCGAAGUACAGUGGCCACGUGGAUUGGGUGUCGUGGACGCGGGAAGCAGCCAAGCUGCCUCUGAACAUGUCCAGGCAACCCUCUGCCAAGGUGCCGACAUCAUCAUGGUGCAAGAACUAUGGCUAUAUUGGAACAGACGGCCAGAUCCACUGGCCCUCUCCGCAACCAAACUUGCACGCAGUGGUGCAGAUGGCUUGGGCCGAGGAGCCAGCGAAGAAGGUCUGGAAGCAUGAACAAUGCCGACAGCGAGACUUGGGAGCAUCUGAACCAGCGUUGCAAGAGCUCGGGCAAUGGCCGGAGAGGCACGAGCCAUCGCUCGCGGCAGAACCCAAAACGACGACCGAAAAGCUGAGAGACGGAGAAGAUCUCUGGGCUUUGCUACGCUGUGCCUACCUGUCUGGAGCAGAUAGUUGGAGAGAGAGUGCUUCGCCAGAAGCUCCAGAAGCUCCAGCACCCGAAGCACGCCAAGCACCCGAUCCCGACCAUGAGCUGGAUCUGGCUGCUCGAACAGUUCGGGAGAGGUUGCAGAGGUUGCUGCAGAAGACGGCCGAGGCCUCCAAGGCCCUGAGUCGCCAGAGCCAGCCGAGCCAGCCUCCCUGCUGGCGCGGCCUGCGCAGCCUUUCAGAUCCCGUCCAUCCUUCGAUCCUCUUCGUCUGGCCGAACUGGGAGGAGCCGCAGCCGAUUGAGAUGGCUGACGUGCUGCCAGAAGGCUGGGGCGCCUAUCAGGACGAUCAAGGGCGCACGUAUUACGCGAACAUCUCGACCGGGGAGACCAGCUGGGAGCCUCCAGCACCAGCUGUGGCUCUUCCGGAAGGUUGGACGGCUCACCAGGAUGAACAGGGCCGGACAUUUUAUGCCAAUUGUACCACGGGAGAGUCCAGUUGGGACCCGCCAGCACCAGCACCAGCAGCACCAGCCCCUCCGGCGGCACCCACUGUGCCCACCCCUGCGCCUGCUGGGCGCUGGUCGGUGGACUUCACGUAUACGAUCGGCCCUGAGGGUUCAGAGCACGUUUUCUCGGGCAAGGUGCAGCUGCUGGACAGAUCUGUGUACACAUCGGUUGGGUCCGUCGUGGAGACUCUGAAUCGUGGAUCACCUGCCGUGCCAGAAGGCUACUGCGUGGUGUUCUCCAACUCCAAGCGAAAUUACUUCCUGCUGUGGCGGGAAGACAAAGAAGCCGAAGCAUUCGCGUUGCUUGGCAUCGGCACAGACAGCGGGGAUCAGUGGUCAACAUCCCAGGUGUUGAGGUUGGACCCUUCAUGGACAGAGGAGUUUUUCGCCGGGCGCUGCGACGUUGUCGACAAGGCGCGCUACGACUCCGUGACGGCCGCCGUCGACGCGUUGAACGCGGGCAUUGUGAUCGAAGGGCAGCAGGGCUUUUGCGCAGUCUGGUCAACUUCGCAGCAAUGCUUCCAUCUGGUCUGGCGCCAGGACAAGGAGCAAGAGGCCUACGCUGCACUGGGGGUUCGCUGA